UGUACUCCCCUCGUUUAUUCAAUGUAUAUAAAGGGUGACGGACAAACCAUAUUUGUUUAAUUUCAAGUGAAGAAGCAAAAUAAUAUUAUUGUAUAAGAGUUUGAAGUGGAGAAGAUAAUCCAGAGAUGGGAAAAGAAUGCCACCCUUUGUUGAGUGGGAGGAGAAAAGCAAGAAGCAACUACAGCCAUGGCUUCUCUUCAGCAGAGAUGCAAACACUGGCCACCAUUUGCGACACCAUUUUACCUUCAAUUCCCUUGGAGGAAAAACAAGACCAUCCUGCAGGCAAUAAGGCUUUGGAAUAUUUUUACAAAGCUUCUGGUUCUCAAGCUCCCAUCCCUGACGAGGUUGCUGAAAUUUUAGUGAAAAGAGGCCUAAUAGAAGCGGGGAUCUUGAUUAGAGUAAUAUUGAUGAUCCUUUCCACAAAGUUGGGCACGUUUUUGCUUUGUGGGUCGCUUUGUUUGAGCAAAAAAUGGCCUUUCAUCAACAGAUUUUCGUGUAUGUCAUUCGAGAAUCGGGAGAAGGUUCUACAAAAAUGGUUCAAACAUUGGUUUCUGACGCCCGUUCGAGUUGCAUUUAUGUACAUAAAGGCUCUAUGCCUCUUCGUUUUCUUAUCCCGGGUUGACGAAAAUGGCAGCAACCCAGCAUGGGAAGCCAUUAACUAUCACGUAGACAUUGAUGAGAAUGUGUGCCAUUCUCAAAAAGAGAGGCCACUUCAGAAGGGAAUCAUCGAAACUAUGUAUGAAACUGAGAACACCCUUCCCCACUCAUUCACCCAGAAAGGUCUCAGAGUUGCACAACGUUCCGAGCAGAAUGUCCUCAAAAUCAACUGUGAUGUUGUAAUUAUCGGCUCCGGUUGCGGCGGAGGCGUUGCAGCCGCUGUUCUGGCAAGUUCCGGGCAGAAGGUCAUUGUUGUUGAGAAAGGGAACUACUUUACACCUUCAGAUUAUUCUCUCCUUGAUGGUCCCUCACAUGAUCAACUGUAUGAAUCAGGAGGAAUUCUUACAACCGUUGAUGGGAAAGUGAUGAUUCUGGCAGGAUCAACCGUUGGUGGUGGCUCGGCUGUCAACUGGUCGGUGUGCAUUAAGACACCAAAGUCUUUGCUUAAGGAAUGGGCAGAGUACCACAAGCUCACUCUCUUUGGAAGCCAUGAGUAUCUCUCGGCCAUGGAUACUGUGUGUGAAAGAAUUGGUGUUACGGAGAAUUGUGUGCAGGAGGGGUUUCAGAAUCAAAUUCUUCGGAAAGGGUGUGAAAAUCUUGGCCUUGAAGUUGAAAGGGUGGCGCGGAAUUCUUCAGAGAAUCAUUACUGUGGAUCUUGCAGUUAUGGUUGCAGAAAAGGAGACAAAAAGGGGACUGAUAGAACAUGGUUGGUUGAUGCUGUAAAUCAUGGGGCAGUCAUUUUAACAGGAUGCAAAGCUGAAAGAUUAAUAUUGGAAAGGAACAAGAAUGGAAGUGUGAGGGAGAAGAAAUGCUCAGGUGUGAUAGUAAAAGCUUUAAGUAAUAACAUCACAAUGAAACUGCAAAUUGAAGCGAAAGCAACCAUCUCGGCGUGUGGGGCUCUUUUGACACCCCCUUUACUGAUCUCUAGUGGAUUGAAGAAUCCGAACAUUGGCGAAAACCUUCAUCUCCAUCCGGUGUUGAUGGCGUGGGGAUACUUUCCGGACUCAAACUCAGAAUUCAAGGGAAAUGCCUAUGAGGGAGGUAUAAUCACAUCAGCUCAUAAGGUGGUUUCAGGAUAUUCCAAUGUAAGAGCCCUCAUUGAAACUCCUGAAUUAUCGCCAGCUAAAUAUGGAGUACUAUGCCCUUGGGAAUCUGCAUUUGAUAUGAAGCAAAGGAUGUUGAAGUAUGCAAGAACUGCUCACCUCAUAACAAUAGUUAGAGAUCGGGGAGCCGGAGAAGUUAAGGUAGAGGGACGGAUAAGCCACAAAUUAAGUCCAUUGGACAAAGAAAACUUGAAGGCAGGGUUGAGGCAGGCAUUGAGAAUUUUAGUAGCAGCAGGAGCCGUUGAGGUUGGCACCCAUCGGAGUGAUGGGCAGAGAAUCAAAUGUAAAGGAAUUAGUAAAAAGGAACUGGAGGAAUUUCUGGACACGGUUUAUCCGGCAGAAGGGGCAAUGUCACAAGAGGAGAAGUGGACGCUGUACGGCUCUGCCCAUCAAAUGGGAAGCUGCAGAAUGGGGAUUAAUGAAAAAGAGGGCGCAGUUGAUGAGAAUGGUGAGAGUUGGGAAGCAGAAGGGCUAUUUGUUUGUGAUGCCAGUGUUCUUCCAAGUGCUGUUGGAGUUAAUCCCAUGAUCACCAUCCAGUCCACUGCUUACUGUCUCUCAAAGAAGAUCGCAGAUUCUUUAAAGAAAAAACAGUCAUCUUAAGUUUACUAGUUCCUACUUCAGGUUUUUUCGGACUGAAUAAAGUUCAACAAGGACCUGUAAUGUAGAGAUGAUUUAGCAGGCGGAGUUGCCUCUGUUGUGAUGGAAACAGUAAAUGCAGUUUAUACAUUGUGGAAGCGUGGAUAUGAAGUUCAAGUAUUCUGGAUUAUCUGUACUAAAUAGAAAAACGAUUUCGAUUAUCUUUUUAAACUUUGAUCUGUUGAUGCGUGUA